AUGAAGCAAGUGUUACUGUCGGUGUUGCUUAUGAGUGCCGCAAUUCGUUGCUUGGAGCAUAAUCUUGAAGCUAAAGGAUCGAUUUUUGUUGUACCGAAUACCAUGGGAAAUUGGUAUCACGCUGGUGAGCACUGCAACUCUAUCGGAAUGCGACUGGCAGUAAUCGACAGUGGCGACAAAAAUGACCGAGCAAUUGAAGCCAUCAAGAAAGCCGGAAUAUUUGACACAUCGAACACGAAAGCUUGGAUUGGCAGUAGCAACCUUGGAACGGGAGAGCAAUAUUACUGGCAAUCCACGGGUGCGAAGCAAACGUUUUGGGGCCCAGGCGAACCAAACAACAACGAAGGUAUUGAAAACUGUGCAGAGAUUCGGUACACUCAAACCUCGUCUAACGCUCUGCAGCAUCGGGGACCAUCGCCGUGCAUAUGCUCCUAUCGCGAUCUACCGCAAUCCGGAAUCGAGUAUCAUACGCAUUUCGCCGCAACCGGCGGUGGACGUAUUUGA